GUCUGUACGUGUGUGUAUACGUGUGUGCCAAUCUACGUGUGGCGGAGGGAGUGCUGUGGUCCCUGCGUGGAGCCCAGAGGCGUCCUUCGACGGGGGAGUGUUGAAGGCAGCAUGGUCCGAACUGGAGCCUGCCAACAUGUAUGUCAGCUAUCUUCUGGAUAAGGAGGGGAACAUGUACUCUAACUCUGUGCGGCACCCUGCUCUCAACCUGAACCCCCAGAACUUUGCGCCUCCUCCUCCCCCUCCGCCCACGUCUCAGUACCCCGACUUCCCUAGUUACCACGUCCCCAGCAUCGGACCUGACCCUCACCACACCCACCACACCCAGCCGGCCGGGACCUGGGGUCCCCCCUACAUGCCACCCCGGGAGGAAUGGCACAGUUACGGCGGGGCGGCCCCCGUGCCCGUGAGCUCCGCAGGGUCGCAGCUCCCCUUCGGGCCCUCGGAAUUUGCUGCCGUUCAGCCGCAAGGUGCAGCUGGGCUCCUUCCGCCCGUCAACGCAGCCGUCCCCCAGCUCUCGCCUGGCUCGCCCAAGCGGAAUCCCUACGACUGGAUGAGACGGAGCCUUCAACAGAACCCUCAAGGCAAAACCAGGACCAAGGACAAGUACCGGGUCGUGUACACUGACUACCAAAGGCUGGAGCUGGAGAAAGAAUUUCAUUACAGCCGCUACAUCACAAUCCGCCGGAAGUCUGAGCUGGCUCUGUCGCUGGGGCUAUCUGAACGCCAGGUGAAAAUUUGGUUCCAGAACAGACGGGCGAAGGAGAGGAAGAUUAACAAAAAGAAGAUGCAGCAGCAAGCUCAGCAAGCUAGCUCCAGCACCGCCAGCCCCAGGGCGCUGCCAGCAAUUGGACUGGUCAGCAGCAGCAGCAACCUUGUCCCCCAGUCCCUGCCCCUCAGCAUCAAAGAAGAGUACCUGUCCUAA